GUCAUCAUGUCGGCUGUCCUUGUAAAGAAGCAAGAAGUGGAGAGCGUGUGAGUAAGAAGAUGUUUGUUUGCUGUGAAGAGCACACUAAAGACUUUGUUUUUUUUUUAGCCAUUUAAAGUGCGCAUUCAUGGGGACAUUUCCAGUGACAUAUGGUUGCUUAACAAUAUCCCACUGAUAUACUGCAGCACCUAACUCACUACAAAGAGGUGCCAUGGCGUCUCGCUUCCUCAAGUAUGCAGUGCUUCUUCAGAAGUACAGGACUCCGCUGAUUAUUGCGAGCUGUGGCGGGGUCUUCGCUGCCAACAUGUUCCACCAUGUCUUCCCCGAAGUGUCGUACCGUCAGCUCUAUCAGGCCUGGUUCAAAGGAGAAGCGGUCACGCUGUCUGAAAAGCUUGAGGAUGUUUUCCGGCAGGUGUUGAAGGAUUAUGGUGUCAGCUCCCCCGAGAAUUUCUCUGCCUUUGCCUCCUUUGGGUUCCAUCCGGUUGGUGCUGGUGUCCCUUGGCUUUCAAGGGCCCAAAUCGGCAUCCCAGCAAACUUUAACAGCAAGCCCGACGAUCCAAGCGGAAUUACCAACCGCACAAUUUUCAUCAACGGCAAAGCGGUGGAUUGGGGCAGUGAAACUGGCUCUGCGCUCCAGGAGGCACUGGUGUUUUCCCUUGAGGCACAGAAGUUUGCCAUAGCACGAGAAGUGGCCCGCUUGGAGUCCGGAGGACCUGUUUUAAACGCUGCUGUUGCCCCGUUCUGCCUGGGUGGGGUUUGGGUGUACAGCGUGCUAAUGAAGCAGUUGUUUGGGCUCCACGCCGGGCCUCCGCUACUUCGCGGGGGUGUGAACAUUCUGGCGCUGGGGCUCGGCGCCGUGUCCUACGUCCUCACCUCGGACGCUGUCAGCCAGUGGAUUGACUACAGCUCAGACCGGCGAGCGGCAGGAGUGUCCCGCGAUUAUGCCAAAGGAGGGGUGGAGUUUUACGAUAAGAUUCUGUCCAGAAACAAGACACUGCGCGCCCUAAUGGGACAGAAGGGAGAGGAGAUGUAUGCUCCGAGUGGUAACUUGUUUCCUGCUCACCUCCUUAAGAUGAAACACACACCAUACACAUCCAGGAGGGAAGGGAUCCUCGCUCUACUGCGAGAGGAAAAAGCUUAAAAAGAAAUCAUGGGGGUGGAUGGGGUGGGGGUUGAGAAUUAGAGUUGAUGUCAUCUAAACCUGUAAUGAUGAAAUAAGUUGUGCUUAUAUUUAUAUAAACUGUUGAAAAAUAGCAAAGUUCCUGAGCAUUUUUGAGAACAAAAUACCCCAGAAAAAAGAAUUAUUUAAAUAUAACAACUAGAUUAUUUUUCAUGGACAUAUUUCAUCCCACGUAAGCCAAAUGUUAUUUUGCGCACCGUUUUAUGAAUCCUGAAGUAUUGAAGGAACAAUGUAUUACAAGACAGUCUUGUAAAGUCCUGGGGUGUCAAAUAUGUAGUGGCCAGCAUGACUGGGGACUUAUUUAUCCAACAAAAGACAAGAUGGCGGUUACACAAUGUACAAAUAAACACUUUGAGACCUUGUUAAGAGCGUGUGAUGAAAUGAAUAGAAAUGGUGGAACAGUCACUGUCAUGCUGAAUAAAGUGUGAGGGUUCUUUGGGUUUACAAUAACAAUCUGUUAGGAAUGAUCAGUAUGGAAAAACACACACAAAUAAAAGAUUUUCUUGAAUGCAUUUUAUUGGUAUCUAGCCAUGCAUAGUUUAGUUUUCUUUGCCGAAGUUACUCUGGAUUAUCCAUAAACCUUGGACCCUGAUGGAUUCUCCUGAUUGACGGGGGGGCACAUCGUUGCCUUCCCCCCCCCCCCUAUCUCAGAAGUUGAAACCCUUUUAUUAUCAUCGCCCUGUUGGAUCAGGUGAUCGGUUCUCAAAAUGGGAAGGAAAGCACUACAAUACAGGAUAAUGAUUGUGCAACACCAGAGAGGUUUGCAGAUAUUCAGCGUUGGUCCAAAUUUCCAAACAAACUAAAGAGUUUGUCCUUGAGUUUCAAGUGUUUAGCCACUCAGCUGAAUGCUUCUUCCCAGCUGCUACUGCCUGCAAAGAAAUGGCAAUUCAUUCUUAGUUAGUUAUGUUAGAGAACCUAAAGCAUCCUGGUUCCUCUUCGGAUAUGUUACAACCAAUUAAAAGGCUGCUAGCUCUAUUAUGGAGGAAAAUAUGUUGGAUUGUGAUGAUGGACUGGAGGGACUAGCGCUCAUACUAUCUGUACUAUUCAUUAAGGUUAAGACCAACUUUA